AUGGCCACUUCCACCGCGCCCAAACUCCGCGACCACUUCGCCUCCAAACCCGUCUCCGCCCACAACGACGCCUGGGACGCCCUCUACGCAGAGUCCUUCACGCCCUGGGACCGCGCCGGCCCGUCGCUCGCCCUCGCCGACCUGCUCGCCCAGCGCACUGACCUGAUCCCGCCGUCGCUCGAGCGCGACCCGCGCGGCAACCCCCUCCGCGACGCCUCGGGCCACGUCGUCCGCCGCUCGGCGCUGAUCCCGGGCUGCGGCGUCGGCCACGACGUGCUGCUGCUGAGCUCGCUGGGCUACGACGUCGUCGGCCUGGACUACAGCCACCGCGCGCUCGGCGCCGCGAGGGAGAACCAGGCCAACGUGCAGUACAAGUCGAGCGAGGCCGGCGUCGAGUGCGGUCGCGUGACGUGGGUCUCGGGCGACUUCUUUGGCGAGGCGUGGGAGGGCGGCGAGGGCGGCGAGGGCACGCAAAAGUUUGACCUGAUAUACGAUUACACGUUCCUCUGCGCCCUACAGCCCUCCGAACGCCCCAAGUGGGCAAAGCGCAUGUCGCAACUGCUCGCCCCCAGCGGCCAGCUCAUCUGCCUCGAGUUCCCCUCCGGAAAGCCUCUCUCGCUGCAGGGCCCCCCCUGGGGCGUCUGGCCCGAGGUCUACGAGGCUCUCCUCGCCAAUCCCGGCGAGCCUGUCGAGUACACCGACGACGGCAACGUCAAGUCGAGCACGAGUCCCGAGCAGCCUCACCCGGAUGCGCUGCAUCGCGUGUGUCUGGUGAAGCCGCCGAGGACACACAAGGCGGGCUUGAAUGAAGACGGGACCGUCAGGGACUUCAUCUCCGUGUGGUCCCGGUAGUAACGGUGCUGGUGGAUGCUGGGGGGGUUUCCGUAUAUAGCAGUAGUAUAAAAAAAAGGGAGGGUGGUGGUAGGACCCAAAGGAAAAAGGAGUUUGGCGUCUGUGAACUUUUCAUCUUCCGCAUCGCAAAAGGAAGAAGCCGAGGAUAAAAAAACAAAGUCCCUGUAGACAUGGGAAGCAAACAUAAAGUAAAUAAUAGGCCCGAGAUAUCAUUGUCAGUAUCGUCAUCAUCCUCGUUCCGCCGUGGUUGCCGCUGUCGUCGUCGUCGUCGUCGUCGCCCUUCUCAAAGAGUUGUAAUGUUCUCCCAGCCCAUAUCCAUGUCGAUAAUACGCCAACCACAAUGUCUUCGCUUCCUCUCCCUCCUUGUCUUCUUGUCUGCCGCUGAUAUUCUCCGUCCUCCCAUCCUGAAUCACCUUAAUCUCAACCCCAUAGCGCCUCGCCACGGCCAUCAACUCCAACUGCCCACCCCACUCCGCCGUGUCCCGCAUCUUCUUCACGUACCCCCCGAAAUCCUCCUCCAGAAACGGCGCAAAGUCAUCCGCAUGCGCCUCCAUGUAUCCCGUCGCCGUCUUCCGCAUCGUCUUGUACGCAGGCUCUUCUACUUCCUUGUCGCCGCCACCGCCCAGAGGGAUGCCAUUGUGGGAGAGCUGGUCCGCCAGCGC